AUGACCUGUGUCUGCUGUAUAUAUGAGACUAAAGUAUGAGGUUUUUUAAGGAAGCUUGUGACUGAGUCAAGAGGGAAAAGCCCGUUUGUGACGUCACUGGAAAUUCCCCUUCGUCUGCCAUUUUACAAAACAAAGUAAUUAAAUAUAUUGAAAUCGCAAACACGUCCACUAAAAUAAUUAAGAAAUAAGUUAAAAAACAACAUAUAUAAUAUAACGUAUAAUAACAUAUUACGUUAGGUACAUUCGAAAUUAUGAAAUAAAAACGUGUUUUGUAUUUCGGUUUAUAUGUUUCGUGUCUGUGACAGCAUGUUGACAGCAGUUUAUUGUUGUUGUUAUUGAACCUCCAUCUGGAGACCUUUGCUCCUCAACUGCACCAGGAAAAGAAGACUGGAUAAGAACCUCCCUGAUGUGCGCACAAAUUGCGCAGAAAUGCGCAGAGAUGCGCAGCUUGGUUUCGGUUCGGUCUCGUUUUCCUGUCCAUUUGUCCUUCCGUUGCUCUGGGUUUCUUCCUUGUCCUGCCAACUAACAGUCUCCUCCAGGUCCGCCAGUUACCCUGCUGAUCCACUUUGUCUUCGCCCUCCCGGAUUUUGACAUGUUGCUUCGUGAGAUUUAAAGAGCGGAGGACUUUUCCGUGUCCAGGAAAAGAUCAUCACUCCACUAUGGUACAUACUCUGCUAGUGAUCUAGAAACAAAGAAAUGGACAAUCAGAGACGUAAUGGGGAAGCUGAGGUGGAGGAUGAGUUUGCCUGUGCCGGGAUGCUACGAGGGUCUUUGACCUCCCUGCACGAUGCCGUGGAACGGAUAUUCCAAGUGACCUUCGGUAUCGGGGCAGACGACUUACCCCAGGGCAACAAUGGGCAGAUUUGGCUCAAGCUAUGUGGGACGAGCAAAAACGUGGAGGCUGCCAAAUUGUUUGUAAAGGGAAUUGUGAACCAGGAAGCUCAGCAGCAGGUUUCCUAUCCUAAGGUCCUUCACUGUAUUUUUUGUGGAGCCAAAGGGCUGUUCAUGGACUGUCUGAUCAAAACCACUUCAGCUCAUGUCAUGGUUGCCUCACCAGGAAAUCUACUCAUAUCAGGUCUGGCUGAGCCAGUAGUACAGGCCUACUCCCUCAUUACAGAACUGGUGGAACGAUAUGAAGGAACUCGUCACUCUGAGACUGGGGACAGAGUUCCUAGUGAGUCUAUAGAGUCACGUCGAGCUUUCAAAACUCUGGUUGAGAAGAGGGAGGACAGGCACAUCCUGGAUCUUCUGGUGCUUCCAGGGUGGGUGAAGGAAAUCUUGCUGGAUUUUGUGAAAGAAUCUGGACUUGACUCUAUCUCUGACCUGGAGGUGAGAGAAGGUAAUGCCGGGAGUCAUGACCAAACAUCUGCUAUGAACACAAACUUUAGGCCUUUCAUCACAGCUGACUGGGAGGAGGAAGGGACAGCUGCUGUUUCAAGGAACAAAUCUAGCUCCAAAACAUCUUCCUCAUCUACUAUAAAAAAACAAAAACAUUCUCCAGCACAGAGGCACACGGUGAGGACCGAAAUGAGAGAGGCUGAAGAGGAGCAAAGAUUCUUUACAGCCAUGGGGUAUACGGAGUCAGUAGUCAAUAGAGUGCUUGCCAGAACAGGACCCAAGGAGGCUUCACAGAUCCUGGACCUGGUUCAACAGGAGCAGGAUCGUAGUGACCAAGAGCAGGUACUUCAUGGUUUUUCUGAUAUGAGAGGUGAAAAUAUAAAUACCCUGAAUGAAAAAGCGAGAAACCGACCCUGCGAGACAGAGCACAAGGAGGAUCCAGAUGCAGCAGCAGCAUCUGCAGAGCGAGAUUUGAUAAUGAUUAGCAAUAAUGGAAAGGUUCGAGAGAACAUGGAGGGUGGACUAUCAGGAGAACCUGAAGGGGGCAGUCAAGAGAAAAAAGAGAAUGGGAACGAGGAAGAUUUUGUCCUUGGAGUUGUGAAAAAAGCAGCAGCCAGCUGUGGGUAUUCUGAACAGAAAGUAGCUAAGGUCUACGGCAUGUUAAACAACGGAUCUACUCACAAGCUCCUCCUGGAACUCCAGAGAGAGGAGACCCAAGAGGCCAACAGUUUAAGGGAGGGUCCAAGAGAGACAGAUGAUGUGGUUCUGGAGAAGAAAAAGGCUGGCUCAGGACAGGACAACGUGGACACAGAUUCUGAUGAUGAUGGAUGGGUAGAAUUCCCAGCAUCUGUUCCAGGGCCAGUUUUGUUUCCCAGGAUGACAACACCUCAGCAGCUUCCUGUGUCUCAGUUCGUCUCGCAACCAAAGCAACACCAGCUAUCAGAGUCUCGUACACCACACCGGAACAUUCAUUCUGAUAUCAAAGGUCCGCCAAUGACCCUGUAUCCGUCUCUAAGCGAUGCCCCACCUGCUCCCAACAUUCCGACUAAAGCCCACUUUGAGCACACCAUCCAUGUUCCCAAUCUGACCAUGCUGAAACAAAAACAUUACUCUCAAGAUAACGUUGGCAAUCACUUGCCUUCAAACUCUCAAAAAAAAGUGCUUCCCAACCCAGACAUGAUUAGAAACAACUUGUCUCCGACCAGAAUGACGCACCAACAUGGUUCAACACCUGCCUCUACAGUGGUGGUCACAGGGGAGCAGCGUUUUCUUGAGGGCCUGCAGACACCUUUCGACCUGGAGCUCACAGACAAGCCUGGUGUCCAGAAACUGAGGGCAAUCAUCAUUGACGGCAGCAACGUUGCCAUGAGUCACGGACUGGGUCAUUUCUUCUCCUGUCGAGGAAUCGCUCUGGCUGUGCAACAUUUCUGGGACAGAGGCCAUCGUGAAAUUCAAGUCCUGGUGCCACAGUGGAGACAGAAAAGUGACCCCAGGAUCAAGGAGAAGCACUUCAUGUCUAAACUGUAUGACCUCGGCCUACUCUCCUACACACCUUCCAGAGAGGUGCAAGGCAGGAGGAUCAGCUGCUACGAUGACAGAUUCAUGCUGCAGCACGCUGAAAAAACCAAUGGAGUUAUUGUCACGAAUGAUAACCUGAGGGACCUUAUAGAUGAGUCUGAGAAAUGGACAGAUAUCAUCAAAAAAAGUCUUCUACAGUACACAUUUGUUGGUGACCACUUUAUGGUGCCUGAUGACCCUCUGGGGCGAGGAGGACCUCACCUGGAGGACUUUCUACGCUCUGAACCUAGGAUUUCUGAACCAGCAAGAAAUACAUUAACUGGCGUAGCAACCACAAGCUCUUCCUCUAAACCUCUGCACUCCCAAGCGGAGGUCCCUAAUCACUGGACAAGGUUUGGCACUCAGGUGAACAAAGGAGGCAAAGAUAAAGGUGGGAGAGGAGGGCAUGGAAAAGGCUGGCAGUCCGGAAAUCGACAGCUACAUAAAGCUGGACCGCAGAGGAAUCCAGAGCAGACGUCAAGACUCAGAGAGCAGCUCUGUCAGAUUUUUCCAGGUCAGGACAAUGAGGUAGCGCUGGUGUUGCAGUGUCACCCGACAGAGACAGACAUAUGUAUGCUGACAGAUGAAAUCCUAGAGCUGCAGAAGAACUAAGAAAAAAAUAUGAAAUCACCUAUUCUGUCUAUAAUUUUAUCUUUGACAUUUUAUUUAAACGUCCACACUCCUACACCAAACCCCAUAGAGAAAAACAUAAUUUUAGCUAACUUAUAGAAACAGAGCUUUUAUAACGGUGAAAUAACAAAACUACACAUUUGCAUCUUUCAAUAAGCCAGCAGUGGAUCAUGAACCUCUGGGAUCAUUGAAUCGAUUCUUUUUGUCAUCAGAGUGAGCAUGUUAUACAACAGUAUAAACUUUCUGUAGCACAUUUAUAUUUAGUUGUUACAAAGCUUCACAUUCCUAAAAUACCAAAGACUUAAGGUGGUGUCGAUCUUAUUCAGUAAUCUUUACUCAGUUAUUAAAAAAGGUGUUUUGCUGUCAUGUUGAAGGACUGAUUGCACUGUUUGCACUAAUGAGCAAUCUUUUCCAGAUUUUGUGAAUCAAAAUAAAAUCUUUAUUUUAUGUAUUUAACAUA